AUGACGCCUACGUUGCCGAGCCCGUUCUUUGUUUCGGUGGCAUAUGGAAAAUGUUUUAGGGAAGGAAGGCUGGAAAUGUGGGAUAAACUUCGGGACCUUGCUGCGAAGCUGGAUGGGUUGCCGUGGCUGGUUGGGGGUGACUUUAAUACUUUUGUCUCUGAGGAUAAAAGGCAAGGGAGGGGCGUGCGAAAGAGGACUAGAGAGAUGCUGGAUUUUGAUGUAGUUAUUAGUGACUGCCAGCUUCUGGAUAUAGGGGCUGAUGGUCCCAAGUUCACGUGGGCACGAGGGGACACUUUUGAGAGAUUGGACAGAGUCUUGCUCGGUGAGGGCUGGGUGAACUUGUUCGAAUCCACUAGAGUAACAAAUCUGCCCAGAUUACUGUCCGAUCAUUGCCCUUUGCUGGUAAGGUGCCAAGUCCCGGGGCCGCAACCUAAACUGUCUUUUCGGUUUCAAAAUAUGUGGGUAAGGCACCAUCUAUUUCUAAACGAGGUUGAGAGAUGCUGGAAGAAAGAUACAGGUACAAGGGAAAUGAUCAACGUGCAGAUUAAGCUGAGUCGGCUAAAGACUAGCUUGAGAGUCAGGAAUCGGGUAGUCUUCGGCAAUAUUUUUGAAGGGUUAAAGAAGGCUGAAGCAGAGGCUAAGGAGGCUGCGGAGAGUUUUGUACAUAACCAGUCACCUGUUUUGCGAUCAGAAAUGAACAGAGCGAUGGUUACCUUUAUCUUGAGACUUAAAAUGGAAGAGGACUUUUGGCGUCAGAAAGCAGCAAUUAAAUGGGUGGCGGAGGGAGAGAGGAAUACAAAGUUCUUCCAUGGGUGGAUGAAGCAAAAGAGAAUCAAAUCAAGGAUCCAUAUGAUUGAAGAAGGUGAUCAGAUCCUCACGGAAGACAUGGAGAUUAGACACUCGGCUGAAAAAUUCUUCAAAAAUCUGCUAUCUGAUGAUGUCGGGUGUCUUGAGGAACUGGAUCUGGAUAUCCUAGAAUCCCUUCCUGCCCAUGUUCACAUGGAGAUGUUGGAGAGAAUGCCUUCAGAGGAAGAGAUAAAGCAGCUUGUCUUUAGCAUUAAUGCUGAAAGUGUUGUAGGCCCGGAUGGUUACUCUGCCUUAUUCUUUCAUGCUUGCUGGGAGAUUAUCAAGGUAGAUGUGGUUGAUGCGGUGCGAGAUUUCUUUGCAGGAUCUCAGAUUCCAAGAGGCAUUGCAGCUACCCCUUAUUGUGCUCAUACCGAAAAAGAAGAAUCCCACAAGAUGGGCUUAAUUUAG